GAAGUGAACUCCCACCGGUGCUGAGGCGUGAAUGAGAAAGAAGGAACAUCAGCUCCAUGGAAUCUGCAAGUUAAACCGGAGAAAGUCUUUUAGCAUUAGUGUACACCGCUUUCUGAAUCAGGAAGAUGUCUCCUGAUGAGUUGGUGUAUUUGGGCGUGCUUGCUGCCUCCGUUCCUGCUGGCUUCCUCUUUCGUUACCUCAGUUCGUCCGCAAAGCAGACGGCGGCUCUUUUUCUGGGCCUGUUCAUCACCGUCGCCUUGUGUCACAUCCACACGCUGCACUCCCUGGUGACGGUGAUAGGAACAUGGAUUAUCAUCAAGAGCAGCUGGCGGCACGCCCCGGCGCUCAGUCUGAGCUGGACCUUUCUCUACCUUCUCUUCUUCCGACUGGUCACCUGGUUCGGUCUCCCCCAGCCAACACCGUUUGCCAACGCCGUCCAGCUGCUCCUCACCCUUAAGAUGGUCAGCCUGGCCAACGAGGUGCACAGCUUCCACGUAGAGAAGAAACGAGACGUGAGCGCCUUCGCCAAGUCUCCAGUCAUUGGUGGUCUGUCUCAAGAGCCUUCGCUCUUUGACAUUCUGUCCUAUAGUUACUGUUAUGUGGGUAUAAUGACCGGCCCGUUCUUCCGCUUCCAGACGUACGUGGACUGGCUGGAGCAGCCGAGGCCGCUGGCUCUGCCCAGCUGGGAGCCUUGUCUGCAGCGCUUGAAGAUGAUCCCGGUUUUCGGGGCUUUUUUUCUGGCCGUCAACCACUAUUUUCCACUUUCCUACGUCCGCACAGACGAGUUCCUGGAUCAGAACUUUCUCUUUAGGUUGUUCUACAUGGUGGCCGUGUUCUUCGUGUUCAGGAUGCGUUUCUACGCGGCGUGGUGCGGAGCAGAAGCGGGCUGCAUCAGUGCGGGCCUCGGCUGCUACCCAGAAAAGGCGCUUUCAAAACCUGGAGGAGGACCAACUGUGAACUACAAUCCUGAUCCCACCGGUGAAGAGAAAUAUGACUUCAAAACCAUCCAGAACAUCGACUGCUACAACACUGACUUCUGCGUGAAGGUCCGCCACGGCAUGCGUUACUGGAACAUGACGGUGCAGUGGUGGCUGCAUCACUACAUCUACCCAAACGCCCCCUUCAAGUCCUACGCACUCCGGGCUGGAUGGACGAUGCUAAUCAGCGCCUACUGGCACGGACUACACGCAGGCUACUACCUCUCCUUCCUCACCAUCCCGCUGUGCAUCGCGGCAGAAUCCGCCAUGGAGUCCGCUGUCAGAGCCAAACUGGGUCCCGGCGGGCAGAACGUCUUCGACUGGAUCCACUGGUUCCUGAAGAUGAGGGCCUAUGACUACAUGUGCAUGGGCUUUGUGCUGCUGAAGGCGUCCGACACCAUCGACUACUGGUCGUCCAUCUACUUCACCAUGCACGUCGUUGCCGUCGGCUGCUUAUUGGUGGGCAGGGUGUUAAAGGGGGGGAGGAGAGAAGGGAGGAAGGGGGAGAAGGAGCAGGCAAGCGGAGAGGAGAACACUGGAAACGUGACAGAGAAAAGUGGACAGAAAACGGAGUGAACGGAGGAGCAGAAGGGGACUGGUUUUAGCCUUUUUGAGUUACGAGUCCUUCAAAGACUCACGUUCCUACCUACAAGCACGACAUCGGUCCAAGUCAAUUUCCUCUCAGAAAAGUAGAUUUUGAAAAAAUAUUAGAGUUAAGAGUGUCAUUUGUGAAAUCCCUUUAAAAAAAAAAAACCUAAAUCUGUUUUUGCUUCUAUAGAUUCGCACAUAAUUCAGGGAAUUGUGGGAGAGGAGCUGGGAGAGUGAAUGUUGCUUUUAUUUUGUUGGAUGUAUCUGUGGAUAUGGAAAUAACGGCGGAAGUUGUUUUACUCGUGUGGGAUUGGAUAUUAGAGACUGAAAGUCCAAACAUGGUUUGAAUGGUUGACAGGUGAAAAUGUGGUUCAGAUGACUUUUAAUCAUCUCAAUAGUUAAAAGACAAGUGCUAGAAAUGAAUGUGCUCUCUCAAAGCAUUAAAAAAAUUAUAAUUGGACAUACUCUUGUUAGGGGUAGCACUUCAGGAAAGUAUUUCAAAAGAAACUCGGCUGUUUUAGUUUGUACAAAAAGGAAAGUUUUAAUUUAAAUUGGUUAAUGCUGAAAAAAGGAAUUGAUGUUUUUCUACGUUUGUUGCUCUAAGUGUUGACUGUGAUCCUGUGAAUUUAAACGGUUCGUAUAGUUGAACCUUUUUUCCCUUCACCCCCCCCCACCCCCCCCUCACCGUUAGCGCUCCGGAUCGUAUCCGCUGUCACUUCUCCAGCCGUGUUGUAUCCAGAGCCUCCAGCGUGCGAUGUGAAACACGGCUAAAAACCAUUUACUGCCAAAAUGUCUGCACUGCCAUCACGCACCAUUCAGGGUCGGGACCAAGUGUUUAAAAAAAAGCCUGCUAGCUUCCUUAUUGUUCCAUUAAGCUGCCAAUAUUAUAAUAACACUGUGAGGGCUGGGCGAUACCCUCAAAAUCAUUGAAAUCGUUUUUUAUUCAUUUACUUAAGGGGAAUAUAUAAGAUUUGCAAUUUAUGUUUUGCAAUGAGUGCAAUUAUAUGAAAACAAAACUUAUUUCUGUGAUUUAAAACAAUAAGCCAAUGUUUACAUCUUGUCCCCCUAUUUUAACAUCAUUAAUAUGGAUCAUUCCCAAUAAAUCACGACUAUGAAGUAUCGCCGAGCUCUAAACACAUUUGGUAAAAAUACUGCUGAUAAUUUUUUCUCAAUGUUAUCACUCAUUUGACCUAAACUGUGUGAUCAUUUUGUCACGAUGUCUGCUUUAUAUGGUACGGAUGCAGGUUGCUGAAGGUUUGCUUUUUAAAAACUCUUCGUGUGGCCACGCUCUGUUUACCAACGGGAUCAUUUGAAUGGCAAAUCAUCUAUUUAAAACCCACACAGAAACAGUUUGUUUUCAGAGUGAUGCUUUUAUACUUUAGGUGUAUAUUUAUUUUUUCCCUGUGUAUUUGUGUUUUAAACAGCUCCUAUUGCUUUGAAACGGCAUUAUACAUAGAAUCUGCUUCUCUGC